AUGUCAACUCCAUAUUCCACAACUAUUCAAUUGUCUACCAAAAGUGGACCAUUAGCACAAAUCUGGUUAGCAUCUAAUAUGUCAAAUAUUUCAAGAGGUUCUAUUUUACAAACAAACAUUACAGAGUCUGUCGGUGAAAUUGCAAAAAUUUCAGGCUUAAAGAACUUUAAUGACAAUUUAAAUAAUGAUGAAGAAUCAAUUAGUAAUAUCACUUUAAGAACUUCUGGUGAAUUAUUACAAGGCAUUGUCAGAGUUUAUUCGAAACAAGCUACUUUCUUAUUAUCCGAUAUUAAAGAUGCUUUAAUCAAAAUAAGUUCUCUUUUUAAAUCAAACCAAAGAAUCUCUAUGACAUUAAGUAAAGAAAAUACCAUUGCUAGAAUAGAUCAAUUGUUUUUACAAGAUCAAGUCACUGAAAAUGACGUGUUAAGCACCCCAGGAUUGGAAUUUUUAAAUGAAACAACCAUACCAGAAGGCUUGAAUACAAAUGAUAUCAAUGAUAAUAAUUCUAUGCAACGAAAAGUAACAGGUGCUGCUUUAGAUAACAACUUCACAAAUAAUAACAGUAAUAUGGCAUGGGAUACUUCAAUUGAAAUUGGUAGAAGAUUUAAUCCUGAUAAUGAUUUAGAAAAUUACCACUCUUCUGCUUUAGAUUUAGAUUUUGAUUUAUAUGAAGAAAAUCAUGAUAAUAUGACGAGCGAUAAAAAUAAUGAUACUGGUUCAAAAAGUGGAAGUUGGAUUGAAGGUACUGGUUCACAUUUAUCACAAAAUAGUAGGCUAGAUACUGAUAUUGAAAAACGUUCACAUCUAAUCCACGAUUCUGAUUUCGCAUUAGAUUCUGAAAACGUUGGAAUUAAUGAUGAUGUGGACUGGGAUUUAGGUAUAACGGAAUCCAAUGGCAAACCAAAUGAUAACAAUGAUAAUAAUCUAGACAGAUCUAUCGAAUUAGGCAGAAGGGCAAGUAUUGCAAGUCAGGUAGAACAACCAACAGAUUUUGGCUUUGACUUAGACAUUGGCAAAGAUUUAAUAGCAGAAGAGGAGCUUAUGGCGGAAGAAGAAGAAGAUAAUUUAUCAAAUUCAGAGAAAAGUAGAUUAAAUUCAAUUAAAAAGCAGAAGCCUCUUAAGCAUUCCGAAUUAACAAAUGCGAGAAAAUUAGUUGAAGAUGUAGAAAUAGAAUUGAAAGACGAAAUAGUAAGACGUGAUAAUAGCGACGAGGAGACUGCGAUGCCAACAAAUUAUGAUCAAAGUUCUUCAAAAGCUUACUUAGAAAGAAUGACAGAAAAAAGAUUAAAUGAUGACAUUGUACAAAGUCUAAAUUAUAUUCCAUCAAGUAUUGUAAAAAAUUAUAUCCAAUUUGAUUCUAAAAGAUUCAAAUUAAAUAACGAGAAUGAGAAUGAUCUUGAUAUGAAUUUAAGUUUUGUGGAAGAUGAUAUGAUUAGUGCAUCUGUGAUUGAAAAUAAUGACGUUGUUUCUAAUGAUGACAAUGAAGAUGAGAGUGACCAUCUAUUGCAACUCAAUGCAGAUUUAUCAUAUCCAGAAACAGAUGUAUCUGCUGAUAAUUUAAUUAUAACCAUGCAUGAUGAUGCUAAGGUUAAAUUAGUGUCAGGGGAAGUAGUUUCUAAAAAUACAACAGAAAUGGCAGAAUUGUUGAGAAACCAGUUUAUCGAUAAUGACAAAUUAUCAUUCGGUGAUCUUUUGAGAUCAAAUCACAAUAAAAAAUUCGAUGAUUCUAACAUACCUAUAAGUAAACAUGAAGCCAGUAAAGACUUUUUUGAAAUGUUAUCAUUAGCCACAGCAGGUUGUGUUGAUCUUCAUCAAGAUGAGACGUUUGGAUCAAUUAAUAUUCAAAGCAGAUCUCCUCUAUACGAAAAAUUUGUUGAAGCUUAA